AUGGCGAAAAUUUAUAUUGAUGCUGAACAUGGUUCGGAUUCGAACACCGGCUCAGAAGAAAGCCCGCUUUCUUCUUUGUUGCAGGUGAAUUUUUUUUAACCGAUUUACUCAUUCUUAUUUUUGAAGGCUAUGAUGGUAACGAAAAACAGUGGGGAAUAUUUGGUUAGAAAGAAAAACGACGAUGGCUCACACGCUUGGGAACCAGUGGCGAAAGCUGCAGUCAAAAAAGCCCUGAAAAAGUUUUGGGAAAUCUCUAGCGAUUCUUAUAUUCCGUUUGGAGGUACGAGUCUGAGGUGAAGAAAGCUGAAAAGGCAGGUGAUCGCUCCAAACAAGCGGUUGAGGCUGCUCACGCCGCUCUGGAAGAAGCCAAAAAGAUAACUUUCCAACUUGAUACCUCCUUGCCCGCUGCAGAGUGGACACGAAUUUCUGAGGUAGUUGUAUUACAGAUCUCAUCUGUUCAGCCCGUCCGGUUUGGCACACUGUAGGUUGAAUUUGUGCAUACACCCAUGGCGGUUUUUGGGCGAUAUCUUCGUUAUCAACGCGCUUUUUGUACGAAAAAAUGAACAAAUUUGAAGAAAAACACGUAUAAAACAUUUAAAGAUACAAAUUUAGUUUUAAUAAUCAAGUUUUUGCGAACGCUGGCAAGCCUUGAAAAAUGGCCUAAUUUGGGAACUGCGUCUUUAGUAAGUGAAAAGUCUUUUUUUUCUGUAAUUUUUUAUCUAUUAAUGUCGGAAAUCGCCUUCUUAAUUGUAUUCAAUACCAAAAAUGAUCGAAAAUGGUCUAGUAUGGACAGCGGAGACGGCGCAGUGCAAACCGGACGGGUCCCUGUAGGUCUGAACUGGUGUGUGAUGAAAAGAAAAAAUACCAUUUUGUUUUAGCUCACGAACUGUCGCGAGAAGCGUGUCCUCGUCCAAGGGUGGGUCCAUCGUCUCCGAAGGCAAGGAAAAGCUCUUAUGUUCGUUAUUCUUCGUGACGGCACUGGCUUUUUACAAUGCGUUCUCAACGAUAAACUGGCGAGUUUUUAAUUAUUCCAAGAAUAAACGACUUUCCUAAUUUUUCAGUGUCAAAGUUUCGACGCCGUUACUCUGUCUACUGAAUCGUCAGUUCGUAUCUACGGCGUCAUUCAUGAGGUGAUUUUUUUGUAAUAUGUUUUAACAAUCGCUGAUAAUUUUGUUGAGUUGCGAAAAUCGCUUUAAAAACGAUAUUUAUCUUCAUUGGGAUGUUUUUUGAAGGAAAAAUUGAAAAAAAUACUUUUUUUCUUAUCAAUAUAAAGCAACACAAGGAUAUACAAUAAAUUGACUCAUUUUUUUAAAAAUUCCUUAUAAAUUUGAAGAAUUGAAAACUAACAUUUUUCAUAAAACAUUUCGCUUGCUUUUGAUUCUAAUUUUUAAAUUUAAAAAAACUCCAUCCUAACAAACAUUUUGAUCCUAAUAAUUAUGGAUAAGAUCAAACAUUCUUAUGAAAAAAAUAUCUUCAAUGUUAGUCAUCUGCAGGUUCCAGAAGGAAAACAAGCACCGGAUGGUCACGAACUGAGCGUUGAUUACUGGGAGGUUUGAAUGAGCUGACGGAUUAUCGAGAAACUCUUUGGCUGCAGAUCAUCAGCAAGGCGCCCGCGGGAGGCAUCGACAACGUUCUGAACGAAGAAGCGGGCGUCGAGGUGCUUCUCGACAACCGCCAUCUUGUUAUCCGUGGGGAAAACGCCUCUCGAAUCCUCCACAUUCGAGCUGCGGCCACUCGGGCCAUGCGAGAACAUUUCUUCCUUUCCGGGUAUACCGAGGUCUCUCCUCCUACACUGGUUCAGACGCAGGUUCGUCCUCCAUUUAAUAUCAUUUCCCUCAAUUUACCUGCACACAUAUUAUAUCUCUUCAAGUUCAUUUUCCAGCUUGGUGGAAGCUUGAACGAGUUCAUCUUGAUCUAAAGAAAUAUUAUUAUUUCAAAAUAGAUAGAAAACCAAAAUAAAGUCUUUUCUGUCCACAGAAACUCUUUUAAAAAAAGGUUAACGAAAACAUUUAAAGGGUUUUCGAAUUCAAAAUUUGAAGGUAGAAGGUGGUUCGACUCUUUUUGGGCUGGAUUAUUUUGGCGAGCCCGCUUACUUGACCCAAUCUUCGCAGUUGUACUUGGAGACGUGCAUCGCUUCUCUUGGAGAUGUCUACUGUAUUUCUCAAUCUUACCGGUGAGAUUUAAAUCGUAGACAAUUCAAUUUUUUUUUUUUAAACAGAGCGGAGAAAUCUCGUACAAGGCGUCAUUUGGCUGAAUAUUCUCACGUCGAAGCCGAGUGCCCUUUCAUCAGUUUCGAGCAGCUCAUGGACAGAAUCGAAGAUUUAGUCUGCAGCACCGUGGAACGACUCUACGGCAACCCGGCAACAAAAGCCUUGUUGGAUCAUGUCAACCCGGUAGGAAAAUAAUAGGAUCUUUGAAGAUUGUGGCUUCCAGGAAUUCAAACGUCCCGAAAGACCAUUUUUACGCAUGGAUUAUGCAGACGCCAUAAAGUGGCUGCAAGAGAAUGAUGUCCGAAACGAGUUUGGAGAAAAGUUCGUGCACGGGGAAGACAUCGCUGAGGCUGCGGAGAGGAAAAUGACCGACACGAUCGGAAAGGUUCCCAGAAAUGGCAGUCGGAUAACUCGGGUUCUGGUUUCCAGCCAAUUUUGCUCAAUCGGUUCCCUGCCGGCAUCAAGUCCUUCUACAUGCAACGUUGUUCCGACGACUUUUCUCUGACUGAAUCCGUCGACCUGCUUAUGCCAGGUGGAAAUCUUCUUUAUUAAGCUUAGAAACCGCUCAAGGGUUUGAGGCGUAAAGAAUGUUAGAGCUCACUAAUUUUCAGAUAAUUUUAAAUCUCUUUGUUGAAAGUUCACAGAGCUUCAUUUUUUAAUCAGACUUCACCCAUUUCAAAGUCGAUUUUGAAAGCUAGCUACUUCAAAAAUUGAGAUUUUCAGGGUUAAUGUUUAAAUUAUCAAUGUUUUGUUUUCCUACAGGCGUCGGGGAGAUCGUUGGAGGCUCAAUGCGUAUUUGGAAUGAAGAUGAGCUCGAAGCCGCCUUCAAGACGGCUGGAAUCGAAAGCACAAACUAUUUCUGGUUCGUUUUUGUUCGUCAUUUCUAAACUUGGAAGUUCUUUUUUACAUAGGAAAUUUUCGCCAGGCUCAAUCUCCUUUUCUUUGUUAUUUUCUUCCUCAUUUUUUAGCAUUAGGCUCAAAGUUCAAAAAAACUGGUCUAAAAAUGCAUUCGCAUGAAAAGUCUGUGUACCACGACUUGGAAUUUAACCGAAAGACAUUCCGCUGUUUCGCUGCGUGCUUUUGCACGUCUUUAGUUUUUCAUUUUAGUUAAGAACUCGACUAACACGUGGUCCUAGUGGGACAGUCCAUCUAUUAGAAAUAAGCCCAUUCAAAGCGAGACCGAGCCUCGCAAUGACGCUUCGCGACGCAGCGGAACAGCGGAAUGUCUUUCGGUGAAAUUUCAAGUCGUGGCACAAAGACUAUGUUCGAAGGAAAAGUUGAAACAGAAUGAGAGAAAAGUAUCGUUUCCAGGUACGCGGACCAGAGGAAGUAUGGAAGCGUUCCACACGGCGGCUACGGCCUCGGCCUCGAACGUUUCGUCUGCUGGAUCACCAACACUCACCACAUCCGUGACGUUUGCCUUUAUCCUCGUUUCAUUGGACGAUGUGCCCCGUAAAAGUUCUUUCUUUUUAUAAAAAUGUACCCUUUUUCGAUGGGUGUUGACGUUUUUUUUUUGAUUUUUAAAAGGUGUUCCUAUUGUUUGGUAAUAAUAAUAAUAAAAUAUUCAGAAGCACCUUCAAGCAUCACUAAAUUCUUCUUGAUUUAUGGAUGUUAUUUACAACAUUUUUUUUCUAGUGUCAAAAACUGUAAACCCAAGUGUUUGGAAGUUCAUUUUUUACGACUUCUCUGCUGGUUUUCGUACAGGGAGACGUGCUCGGAUGAAACCUUGCACGGGGCAGCAUUUCGACAGCUUUCUUCUAAAAUUCGCAAUUCGUACAGGCAUUAUUUCCGCAAUGCGCUUGAAAUCAAAUUCCACUCCUACCGGUUAGAAUUUUUAUCAAAAAUAUUUUUUUCAAAAAAAUGAUCAUUCCAAAUUGAAAUCGGAGACUUAAUAUUCUUCAUCACCCCGCAAUGCAGGCGCACUCUGUUUUCUGUGCUGGUUUUUUUUUUUCGAAAAAUCGGAAAGAGCCUCUUUUUUUCUCCCUCCAAACUUCACGAAGCGAAGUAUGAUUUCAGACAACUCGUAUGUCAACUCAGUGGUAAGGUAAACGGCGUUCCCGCUCUCGGCAUGCCGACUGUGUACUCGGCGGGGCCGCCGACUCGUAACAGGUUCUCGUCACGUGAAAAAUGAAAGGCAGCGAUUAGGGGCGACGCGGCGGCAACCUUCGCCAUAGAUGCGAUCACCAUGAACUCUGUGGGGCCACGCCGACCGGCUCCGCCCGUCACUAACCUUUCUAAUUUAUGCACUUCUUGA